UGGCAACAUGAAGAACUAUAUUCGAUUUGUUUAAAGCUGCGACGUGGAAAGUUUGAAACUGUGCUACGUGAGAACAUCACGAGGGCUCACAGUAUACAUUUUACACGUUUCACCGUCUUUACGGAAGCAUGCGGCGUGUGAAGAUUUGGAAGACGUCUGAAUAUUAUAAAGGUUAGUGGACUUGAAGCACAGGAGAAAACUGAAGCGAACGCGAUGGACGGAGCUGCGGCUGUUAUUUUAAUCUCUCUCGCGAUGUUUGUGGGAUGUUUUCUGCUCGGACUUAUUCCACUACUGGUCAACUUUUCCCAGCAGAAGCAGCAGUUUAUUACCGUGUUGGGGGCGGGGCUUCUGUGUGGCACCGCCCUCGCGAUUAUUAUUCCAGAGGGGGUGGAGCUACUUGAGGGGUCUUUCAGAGAUUCAUUUUGCUCAGCUGUGACAGCUAGACUAAAUGCCUCUGAUGCGAAUGCUAUUCUCAAGCCUUCCACAGAGAAAGGACUGCGUCCACACGUCUUCAUUGGAGCAUCACUGGUCCUGGGCUUCACAUUGAUGUUUGUGGUUGAUCAGAUUGCUGACUACUGUUCCUCACACGUCUCACGUGCGAGCGUAUACAGUGGCAGCACCACAGCAACUCUGGGUCUCCUCAUUCACGCAGCAGCUGAUGGUAUGGCUCUAGGUGCAGCUGUUGCAUCAUCUCAAGUGUCAGUUCAGGUCAUUGUCUUCUUUGCUGUGAUUUUGCACAAGGCCCCAGCUGCGUUCGGUCUCGUCUCGUUCCUCCUGCACGCAGGAUUGGAGAAAAGCACAGUUCAGAAGCAUUUGCUGGCUUUUUCCUGUGCAGCGCCUCUGACUGCGAUCAGCACCUACUUCAUCCUAACUGCGAUUGGUGGCUCUUCACAGCACCGUCUGGGUAUGACAGGAAUCGGCAUGCUGGUCUCUGCUGGGACUUUCCUUUACGUGGCUACAGUGCAUGUGCUGCCUGAGAUUAACAGCAGAGGGCAGCUGAGAUCCAGCCCCAUUCACCACCAUGCAGGAACAGGAGCGUACCAUCACGCAGGCCUCGGGUUAAUGGAAAGCAUCACGCUGGUCGCUGGAGCUGGACUUCCUGUGCUCUUAGCCCUCAGCCUACCUGACGAAUGAAGAACUGUUGCCAAAGAUUAUCCGUUGGGCAUGAAUGUAUUGUAAAUCAUUGAUAAUGCGCAAUGAUCGAGUAUUCAUAAUUCUUAUUGCAUUUUUGACAAUCCUUAAACACAGCGGUACUGAGUUUUUAUAUCUCAUGUGCACUAGCCAUAUUUAAUUGCACUAUUAAUAUAUUUUACAGUGUUGGGUCCCAGACUUCAAGAACAAUAAACACGUUAAGAUUUUGUU